AUGGAGAACCUGCGAGUGCUGCGAUUGCUUCUCGGAUUAAUCGGAUUGAUCCUGUUGCCAGGAUCGGUGAGGAGCAGGCCGGGUGGAAUGGAGUUGCAAUCGCAUUACCUGCAGGCCAUCACCGCCUAUCGCAGGCUGGAAAGGAUUCUUCCCAGGGAGGAACUGAGAGCAGUAACCGGGAUAGGAUUACUCAACGGAGCUCGCCAGGCGGAGGAGCAAAUGGAGGAGCAUUUGGUGGCCGCCAUUCGGGAGUUACUGUUCCAAAUGAAUCUCACGGAAAAGGAUCGCGUCAUGUCGAAAAUCGAUGCCAUCGAACAGCAAUUGUCGCGGGAUCAGAGAGCCCUGGAAAUCCUCAAUCGAGUGAUGGAUGUGGUUUCCCAAGUGAAAGAUGAUCAUGAUUUUCGAGCGGAACUUAGGGAAAUGGCCCAGCAGCAAAAGGAUGAGGAGUUGUACAAUCAGGAGUUAUCCGCCGAUCAAACAGAUCAGCCGAAAUUGGGCGAGAGAUUGGGAAAACUGAGGAGGAACAUCAUCAAGCAAGUGCCGCAAAUGAAAAACGAAUUGGAAGCGAAGAUUGACAAGGCUCUGCAACAUUUAUUGGAUCAUGCCACUGAGGAUGGAGUGCUGGCCAAAGCCAAGCAAAAGGUGAUCCACAAAAGGCAGAUCAAAGGGGAAACUGAUCGAAGAAAACAGGAUGAAAAGGACUUCGAACAAGAGGAGGCGGAGCAGCGACAGUUGCCCGAGGAAAUGAGGAUUAUAAAGUCUAUAUUAUCAGAGGCUCAUGACUUGCGCUUCCAGGAUGACUUUCAGGAAAACAUGUUGGAUCAGCAGCCGCCGCGGCGCAUCAAAAUAGAACCCAAUCCCUCGGAACUCGAUGACCUGCAAGUAAAUGUAAAGUCGCGAAAUAUUACAGUCAAGGCCAAGGGUAAACCGAAAAUAAUGAAUGCCAAGCCGGAGAAACAGGUGGAAGCGGAGGGCACAGGCUCCUCGGAACUGGCCACUGAUGACAACGAUGAUCUUGGCGAUGGCGAAACUGAUCCUGAAGGAGGAGGCGGGGGCGGAGGAGGAGGUGGUGGCCUGGUUGGAAUUAUUGGGAGCCUCAGUGGUGGAGAAGGUGGCUCCGAUGUGGGUGCUCUAAUUGGUGCUCUCACUGGCCUCGUUUCCACUUUGUUUGGUCCUGGCGGCCUGGAUGUUCAAGGCUUGAUUCAAUCGGGAACCUCGCUGAUUUCUGGUCUUCUGGCUGGCAACAAGAACUUUGGUCUCGUCUUGGGUCGAUAUGUGGGCACUGCCUUGGAUGGACUUUCCGGCGGAGGAGGAGCGAUAAACAAUGGUCAAUUUCUGGGCAACUUCCUGGGCACUGUGUUGGCCGCACUCAGCGCAGAUCCCGAGGAGGAGGGCCCGCCGCAACCUUUGACCUUUACCAAGAACCUGAUCACCAGCUUUCUGGAGGCGAAAUUCCGACCGAAUUCCGAGGAAGGAUCAGAGGAGCGGCACGGAAGUGCGGAGUUGCCACGCCCACGCAAGAAGAAAGAGGGCGGCGGUUGGGCGGCAGCAGCGGCUAGUAACUUCGAUUCCGGCGGGUUUGUGAAACAGGUGGCCUCCCACUUAGUUAGCAAUGCACUCGGGCUAAUUCUAAAUGCUGGCUUGGGAGCCGCCGGAGGAGCUUCGAGUGCGGCAAAGAAUAUUUUCGCCAGCAGCAGCAUGGGGCAUCAUGCCAAGCCGGCGGAUCACCACCAUCGAUCUUGGAGCCCCUACGAGUAUGAGCCAUUCUAG